AUGGUCGAUCAACCCAAAUUCCAUGUUGCUUUGACUAUCACCAAUGUUAAGUCCCUCAUUCCCAUAAUGUUGGAUGCGGAGCAUGGCAUGUAUCACUCUUGGGCGGCUUUAUUCAAGGUCCUUGUUAAGGUUCAUGAUUUACAUCACCACAUCAUCUCUCCUACGGAGGCACAAGAGGUAGCUGCUUAUGCCGCAUCCAAAGCCGCAGACCCUGCUCUAUGUAAGCGUCUCGAUGCCGCGGACAACAAGGCUUCUCGGGCUACUCAUCUUGAAGAGAAACUUGCGGACCUUAAUUUCGAUAAUUUUUUGUCGAUUGAUAGCUAUUGUAAUCACAUCAAGUCGUUGGCUGAUCAACUUGCCAAUGUUGAUGCCCCUCUCACCAACAGCAGAUUAGUUCUCAAACUCACGGCAGGGCUACCUGAGGCCUAUGCCGGGAUGCUUGCGGAGCGGACCAUUAAAAACCGCUUGGCAAAGGAAGGCAACUCCGGCAACCGCUCUCAAGCCGCUCUCCUUACAAGCACCGACAGCCACCACGGCACGGACAACAACACCUCCGCAUCCUCUACUUCAUCUCGUUAG